AUGGCUGAGGUGCUGUCGAUGGUGACGUCCCUGGCGCUUCCGGACGCUGCCCAUCGCGAGCGAGAAGGCAUUUUGCUGGCAUCGACAACAGCGCAGGCAGCGGGCCACAAGGGAGACGUCGGCCGUGUUCUUCGUGGUGCCAUGCCGGGAUCUCGGCAGAAGCAUGGCCACGGCCAACUGCUCUACGGGGUGAGCUGCCACCGAAGAGUUGAAGCGUCUGAGUUGCUGCACCGUGACGCAAGUGUAUCACGCAGUUCAGUGCAGAAAGCUGUUUGCGUGCUGCUGCGCUGCCCCUUUUUUGGCCUCGCCCAGCAGCGCCUGAGUCCGGUGACGCAGGUCUUCUUUGAACAGCGCGACUUCCGGUGCACGGACCUCUUGCGCGAUUUCGACAACCAGCUGGAUUCCGUCCCUUUUGAAAGACUUCCAGACACGGAGUUGUUUUUUGGAAUUCAUCACGCACAGCUUUUUCGCGGCUUGCGACACAAGCUGCUCAGCGUGCUCAAAGCGAUUCUGCUGGAGGCAAAGGUCCUCGUGAUUUCAGAGAGCGCCGAGCAGUGCAGCCACAUUGUACUGGCCCUACUCUCCCUCCUGCCGGGUGGUCUCUGGCUAGGCUUCAACUCAGAUGGCUUCGGAAGCCGGCACUUUCAGUAUCGGAAGCACGGGCUUCCGAUUCAGUGCUUCGGCCCCAGGUGCUGCGUCUUCCCCUACCUGGGCCUGCACAUGCUGGACAGCUUGCUCCAGAUGCGCGGCUUUCUCAUCGGGACCACGAACCGCAUCUUCAUCGACCGCACGAGCCCGGACCUCAUCCUGGAGGUGCCGAGCACCGCAGCCAGCACCGAGUACAGCGUGGACUUCUUGUGCAAAGAGGUGAAGGAGUUAGCGAGGAAAGAUGAAGGCAAUCCGACGAUGGCAGUAAAGGAGUGUACCAAAGCUGGCGGCUGCGUCACCAAGGAGCACAAACUCGUGCUAGAUGCCAACUGGCGCUGGAUCCACACAACGGAUGGGUACAAGAAUUGCUACACUGGGAACCAAUGGGACACCGGCAUCUGCACUGAUCCGGACACCUGUGCCCAGGGCUGUGCCCUUGAAGCAGUGGAUGCUGGGCAGUACGAGAGCAUCUAUGGCAUCACCGCUGUGCCAGGAGGAGUUCGCUUGAAUUUCGUCACGGGCUCUAACGUUGGGUCCCGUCUUUUCCUUUUGGAAGAUGACGAAAGCUACAAGCUCUUUAAGCUCAAAAACCGAGAGUUUGCCGUGGACGUUGACUCCUCGACGGUGGAAUGCGGCAUGAACGGCGCGAUGUACUUCAUCGAGAUGGCCGCCGACGGUGGCAAGGGCCUGGGCUACAAUGCCGCGGGCGCCAAGUAUGGCACUGGAUACUGCGAUGCGCAGUGCCCCCACGAUGUCAAGUUCAUCGAUGGCAAGGCCAACUCCAAGGAUUGGAAGCCACAUCCCAAGGACUUCAGCAACACCAUUGGCCUCGGCCACUAUGGCGCCUGCUGUGCCGAGAUGGACAUCUGGGAGGCCAACAAUAUGGCUACGGCGUACACUCCCCACCCAUGCAACAUCCAGGCCCCAGGCACGUACAUGUGCGAAGGCACUGAGUGCGGAGACAACGACAGUGGGGAGCGCUAUGACGGGCUUUGCGACAAGGACGGCUGUGACAUCAACCCGUUCCGCAGCGGCAAUGCGACUUUCUAUGGUCAGGGAAGCAGCUUCGCAGUGGAUUCGUCCAGGCCUAUGACCGUGGUGACACAGUUCCUCACCACGGAUGGCACAGAUGCCGGCGACCUCUCGGAGAUUCGGCGCUUCUACGUCCAGGAUGGCCGGGCCAUUGCAAGUCCACACAUCACGAUCCUCCCGCAAACUCCGGACUCGAUCACUGACGAGAUGUGUGCCAUGGGCGAGUCUCUGGAGCGUGGCCACGUCGCUGCUUUCUCUCUGUGGGACGACAUCGACGUUCACAUGAUGUGGCUGGAUUCUUGUUAUCCAGAAGACAAGGAAUGCACCGAGCCAGGGGUCCACCGUGGAAUGUGUUCGGGUGGGGAGGACAGCUCCCCGCAAAACGUGCGCAGCAAGCAUCCGCUCGGCUAUGUCGUCUUCGCCAAUGCGGCGAUCGGUGAGAUUGGCACCACCCAGUCGGUUUACCCUGGCUCUCCGCCCACGUCUCAGCCAGCCACCACCACCACCACCACCACCUCCACUACCUCCGCGACAACCACGUCAAGCGCCGCUCCGGGUGCUUGGGAGCCCGUGGACGGGGGCGAGGACCGUGCUUGCCGAGGCAGCAGCCGAAGCGACAACAAACCAGAGUAUUACCAGCUUGCCCAGGGCGUGGCAUCGCUGAAGGAAUGUCAGAUGCGCUGUGCCACGACGGCCGGCUGCCGCGGUAUCGAGUUCUCGCGCCAGCGCUGUGAGGUCUGGGUGCGGUCGGAGGGCAUCCAGGCAUCCAUUCCCCUGUCGGGGUUCACAUGCAUGCGCUACGAUGGCCCGCUCGUGACAACGACAACACCCGCAGUGGGCACCUGGGUUCCAAUGGACGGCGGCAACGGCCGAGCAUGCCGCGGGGCGUCCCCCGAUGACAACGCUGCAGAGUACUACACCGUCAUCCCCGGCCUUGUUAACCUGGAGGCUUGCAAAGCAAAAUGCGAAGUCACGGAGGGCUGCAAGGGGGUGGAGUUCAAAAUCGGCCGCUGCGAAGUUUGGACGCGGCCCCAAGGCAUCCGCGCCUCCAUCCCGCUGCCGGGCUUCACCUGCCUCAGCUACCAAAGUCCCACCAGCAGCACCGAGUUGCCCAGCACUGCAACGACCACGGCGGGGACGACCACGUCAUCGACGGCACCCGCAACGACCGUGGCGGCGUCCUGCGCCAAAGCCUGGCAGCAGUGUGGAGGGCGAAACCAUGCCGGCCCAACUUGCUGCGUGGAGGGCCUCCGCUGCGUGGUGGACAACGAGUGGUAUUCGCAAUGCCAGCCAGAGCCCGCCUUCGCCCAAGCUGUGGCACCAAAGCGGGGCAGUCGCCGCAACAAGUUCCUGGGUCCAAACUUCAUGCAGUCCAAGGCAGUGACGCGGACGGCGGCCUCAGCCACCCCCGAGCUUGGCAAGUCGGAGCUGUAA